AUGAAUAUGAAACAGAAAAGUGUGUACCACCAAACUCAGGCACUUCUGCACAAGAAUUUUCUUAAGAAAUGGAGAAUGAAAAGAGAGAGCUUAUUGGAAUGGAUAUUCCCAAUACUUCUGGGACUGUACAUGGGACUGUUUUCACACUUCAGAGAAAAGACAUAUUUUCCUGAAAUUCCUCCCCAAGCUCUGGGAAGGGCAGAUAACUUUAAUAACUCUAUAGGUGUUGUGUAUACACCCGUCUCUGAUAUAACACAGCAGAUAGUGAAUAAAACGACAUUUGCUCCCUUUGUGAAAGGUAGAAGAAUCAUCGGAGUGCCAAAUCAAAAAUCCAUGGAUAAACUACUUUUAGACAGUUUUGCAGACCUGGUGGGAAUCAUCUUUAAUGAUGCUUUCUCUUAUAAGCUAAAAUUUGUUCAGGGAUAUAACAUUCCAUUUUUGAAGGAAGAUCUUUUCACAGCUCAUUGUUGGAAUAUGCAUGGUGACUUUUCCUGUUCUCUGGCCAAAUACUGGAAUAGAGGAUUUGUGACUUUACAAACUGCCAUUGACGCUGCUAUCAUACAAAUCGCAACAAACCGCUCUGUGACAGAAGAGUUGAUGUCAGUUACUGCUAUAAACAUGAAGACUUUACCUUUUAUUCAUAAAAACAUUCUUCAAAAGGAGAUGUUUAUUUUCUACUGCCUUCUUUACUUUUUUCCAUUGAUACACUUUAUAUCGCUCAACGUUACAAAAGAGAGGAAAAAAUGGAAGGAUUUGAUGAAAAUGAUGGGUCUACAAGAUUCAGCCUUCUGGCUCUCCUGGGGCUUAAUCUAUGCUGGCUUCAUCUUCAUUAUUUCCAUAAUCAUUACAGUUGUCAUAACAUCUACCCAAAUUAUAGUCAUGACAGGCUUCAUGGUCAUAUGUACACUCUUCUUCUUAUACGGCUUGUCCUUGAUAGCUUUAGUGUUCCUGAUGAGUGUGUUGCUAAAGAAAACGGUCCUCACCAAUUUGGUUAUGUUUCUCCUCAUUGUCUUCUGGGGGGGCGUGGGAUUCGCCGCAUAUUACAGACAACUCCCUUCCUCUCUGGAGUGGAUUUUGAGUAUCUGCAGCCCAUUUACCUUUACUGCUGGAUUGAGUAAGAUUAUCCACUUGGAUAGUACUAUGAACGGUGUAAUUUUUCCUGACCCUUCAGGAGACUCCUAUGUACUGAUAGCAACUUUUUCUGUAUUGGCUUUUGAUGCGCUUUUCUACCUGGCAUUGGCAUUAUAUUUUGACAAAAUCUUACCCUGUGGAAAUGAACGCCAUUACUCUCCAUUAUUUUUCCUGAACUCGUCUUGUUUCCAACACCAAAGGACUAAUAAUAAGGUCGCUGAGAAAGAAAUAGAUCCUGAGCAUCCUUCUGAUGAUUGUUUCGAACCUGUAGCUCCAGAAUUCCAAGGAAAAGAAGCCAUCAGAAUCAAAAACGUCAAAAAAGAAUAUACAGGAAAGUCUGGAAAAAUAGAAGCACUGAAAGACUUACUCCUUGACAUAUAUGAAGGGCAAAUCACAGCAAUUCUGGGUCAUAAUGGAGCUGGCAAAUCUUCAUUACUAAACAUCCUUAAUGGAUCGUCUGUUCCAACAGAAGGAUCAGUUACCAUCUAUAAUAAAAAUCCCUCUGAGACACAAGACUUGGAGGAAAUCAGAAAGAUGACUGGCGUGUGUCCUCAAUUCAAUGUUCAAUUUGACAUCCUCACGGUGAAGGAAAACCUCAGGCUGUUUGCUAAAAUAAAAGGGAUUCGGCCACAGGAGGUAGAACGAGAGGUACAAAGGAUUUUAUUAGAAUUGGACAUACAAAACAUUCAGGACAACCUCGCUGAACAUUUAAGCGAAGGACAGAAAAGAAAGCUGACCUUUGGGAUUGCCAUUUUAGGAGAUCCUCAAAUUUUGCUCUUAGAUGAGCCAACUGCUGGGUUGGAUCCCUUUUCAAGGCAUCGAAUGUGGAGCUUCCUCAAGGAACACAAAGCAGGCCGUGUGAUCCUCUUGAGUACCAAUCUCAUGGAUGAGGCUGACAUCCUGGCUGAUAGAAAAGUGAUCAUGUCCAAUGGGAAACUGAAGUGUGCAGGAUCUUCUGUCUUUUUGAAGAGAAAAUGGGGUCUUGGAUAUCACUUAAGUUUGUACAGAAAUGAAAUAUGUGAUCCAGAAAAAAUAACAUCCUUCAUUAAUCAUUACAUCCCUGAUGCUAAAUUAAAAACAGAAAACAAAGAAAAGCUUGUGUAUACCUUGCCUGUGGAAAGGACAAAUAAAUUUCCAGACCUUUUCAGUGAUCUUGAUAAGUGUUCUGACCAGGGUGUGAUGAGUUAUGACGUUUCCACAUCAACUCUGAGUGACGUCUUCAUGAAACUGGAAGGAAAACCAACUAUCGAACAAGAUUUUGAACAAGCAGAGGUGAUAAGAGACACAGAAAGCCUACAUGACAUAGAGCCAGCUUGGUCUUCUCUCCCUGAAACGCAGAAGAAUAUGAGCGACUUGGGCCUCUGGAAGAUGCAGAUUUGCGCAAUAGCACGGCUCCGUUUCUUGAAGUUAAAACAUGGAAAGAAAGAGCUUUUGACCUUACUCUUGGUAUUUGGAAUUGCAGUGUUCCCUCUGGUUGUGGAAAAGAUACUUUAUGCCAUAUUAUUUCAAAAGAGUGAUUGGGAAUUUAAACCUGAGCUGUAUUUCCUCUCUCCUGGACAACCCCCCGAAGACCCUCGUACCAGCUUAUUGAUCAUCAAUAACACAGAGUCAAACAUUGAAGAUUUUAUACAGUCACUGAAGCAUCAGAAUAUACUUUUGGAAGUAGAUGACUUUGCAAACAGAAAUGGCACUGGUGACCUGUCAUACAACGGAGCUAUCAUAGUUUCUGGUAAACAAAAGGAUUAUAGAUUUUCAGUUGUGUGCAAUACCUUGAGGCUGCACUGUUUUCCUAUUCUCGUGAAUAUUGUUAGCAAUGGACUACUUCGAAUGUUUAAUUCAACACAAAAUAUUCGAAUUGAGAGAAGCCCAUAUCCUUUUAAUUACGUGUUAUUCUGGAUUGGGCUGCCAGAAGGUUCCAUGUUCUUAUUUUGGGUGGUGUGCAGCAUGUCCCCUUACAUCUCCAUGAGCAGUGUCAGCGAUUACAAAAGGAGAGCUAAGUCCCAGCUAUGGAUCUCUGGCCUCUACCCUUCUGCCUACUGGUGUGGGCAGGCACUGGUGGAUAUUAGCCUCUUCGUUUUUCUUCUCCUUUCAAUGUAUUUAAUUUUCUACAUCGCAAACAUAACGAGCAUUUAUAUCACAAGUCGAAUUGUGUUUGCCCUGGCUGUGAUUACGCUUGGUUAUGCAGCUUCGCUGGUCUUCUUGACGUAUGUGAUAUCGUUUAUUUUUCGCAAGAGGAGAAAAAAUAGUGGCCUUUGGUCAUUUUGCUUCUUUAUCACCUCAACCAUUAUGUUUGACACCCUUUUAAUGAAUCACUUCAACUUACCUGUCUUGAUUUCCAGCAUGAUAUUAAUUCCCUCAUCCACCAUGGGUGAAUUUCUAGCUUUUUUGGCAGAGAGAGCCCAGGCGUACCAUUCAGACAAUCAGGACCGCCAUUUUGAUCUGAGUGGAGUUGAUCUUCUAGUAUGCCUAAUACCCUACUUUCAGACGUUGAUACUGGUGUUUCUCCUGAGAUGCAUGGAAGCGAAAUGGGGAAAGAAAAUAACGCGAAGGGAUCCUGUUUUCAGAAUUUCCCCCCAAAGUAGAGGUGCUCAACCCAAUCCAGAAGAACCUGGUGACGAGGAUGAAGAUGUGAAAGCAGAAAGGAUAAGAACGGCAACUGCCCUGGCCACUUCACUCUCAGAGGAGAAACCUGUCAUAAUUGCUAGCUGUCUCCACAAAGAGUAUGCAGGGCAGAAGAAAAGUUGCUUCUCAAAGAGAAAGAAGAAAAUAGCAGCAAGAAAUAUCUCCUUCUGUGUUAAAAAAGGUGAGAUUUUGGGAUUGCUAGGACCUAACGGUGCCGGUAAAAGUUCAUCUAUUAGAAUGAUUUCUGGGAUCGCAAAGCCCACAGCUGGAGAGGUGGAGCUGAGAGGCUGGGGUCAUCAGGGAGACAGCAUGGUGGGCUUCCUGGGGUACUGUCCUCAGGAGAACGUGCUGUGGCCCUGCCUGACAGUGAGGGAACAUCUGGAGGUGUUCACUGCCAUCAAAGGGCUGAGGAAAGGGGACGCCACUGUUGCCAUCUCACGGCUGGUGGAUACUUUCACCCUGCGCGAACAGCUAAAUGUGCCGGUGCAGAAAUUGACGGCCGGAGCCACUCGAAAGUUGUGUUUUGCGCUGAGCAUCCUGGGAAAUUCGCCUAUCCUGCUUCUGGAUGAACCAUCGACGGGCAUGGAUCCAGGAGGGCAGCAGCAAAUGUGGCAGAUGAUCCAGGCAGCCAUUAAAAACACAGAGAAGGGGGCUCUGCUGACCACCCAUUACCUGGCUGAAGCAGAGGCCAUUUGUGACCGCGUCGCCAUCAUGGUGUCUGGAAGGCUGAGGUGCAUCGGCUCCAUCCAACACCUGAAAAACAAACUUGGCAAGGAUUACGUUCUAGAACUGAAAGUGAAGGAAUCGUCCCAGGUGACUUGGGUCCAAGCCGAGAUUCUGAAGCUCUUCCCACAGGCUGCACAGCAGGAAAGGUGUUCGUCCUUCUUGGCCUAUAAGAUACCUUUGGCAGAUGUGUACCCUCUAUCUCAGACCUUUCACAAAUUAGAGGCAGUGAAACAUAAAUUUAACCUGGAAGAAUACAGCCUCUCCCAGUGCACAUUGGAAAAGGUAUUUUUAGAGCUUUCUAAGGAACAGGAGCUGGGGAAUUUUGAAGAAGAAAUUGAUACAACCAUGAGAUGGGAACUCCUCUCUCCUUCAGACGACUCUUAA